UUUCCGUACCAAGAUGCUUUCAGAGCUUGAGGAAGCGAGUAGUCGGUACAGAACAGCUAGCUAAAUACAAAGCAUCCCCCGGCGGUUAUUGUCUAUUGCAGAAACAGAUUUGACUUCGCUGUAAUAUACGAGAUGGCAUAUCAGCUGUACCGAAAUACGACGCUCGGAAACAGUCUACAAGAGAGUCUUGACGAACUUAUACAGACUCAACAGAUUACCCCACAGUUAGCCCUCCAAGUUCUGCUACAGUUCGACAAAGCCAUCAACACUGCACUGGCCAACCGAGUUCGCAAUAGAGUCAAUUUUAAGGGAUCACUGAAUACAUACAGAUUUUGCGACAACGUGUGGACGUUUGUUUUAAAUGAUGUGGAGUUCCGGGAAGUCACUGACCUGGUGAAGGUGGAUAAAGUGAAGAUCGUAGCCUGUGAUGGGAAAAACACUGGCUCUAAUGCAGCGGAGUGAGAAGAAGAGCGGACGGAUUGCAGGAGAGAAAAUGGAAACAGAGUGCCAUGCUGACCGAGGAAGACUAGGAUGAAGGCCGGUCACACAGAGAGGACUGUGUACAUAUUAUUUAUUACAGGCGACAGCUCUCCGUCCUUCAUAAUAAUAACAACCAGCUCAGCACAAGGCCGAAGACAAGACAAAGCCUUGGACGUGACCUUUUUUAUGGAUUAUAUAUAUAUAUAUAAAAAUAUAAUUUUUGUAGAAACAUCA